CCACUGGCCGCAGUGGCAGAGGACCUGGGCGUGCACCAGCUGGGCCGACUGGUGGAGCUGCUGACCCCCCGGGAGUGUGAGAACCUUCUCUCCGCCCUCUCCCACCCGGAGGACAGUGUCUUCCGGCAGCUGGAACGCCUCGCCCCAGGGAGCAACGACCUGGGUCUCCCGCCGCGGGUCCGUAGGGACACAGACAGGGAGACGCAGUGCAGGACAGCUCUGACAGGAUGGCUGGUGAAUCACGGCGAGCAGAUGUACUACGACAGGCUCUCCCGCGCCCUACAGCUGAUUGGCAGGACCGACAUCGCGAUAGAGAUAGGGAAGAAUAUCAACCAGGACAAGGCCCUGAGCUUGCAGAAGUAUGUGGAGGAUUACCACAGGCAUGUGGAUACCAUGGGGUCCCCUCUGGUCCAGCCCGAAAUGGAGACAAUCCAGCUUGCUAGCCAGCAAGCAAUGAGACAAGUGAGAGACCUGACCUGGAGGGAUCUGGAGCUGGUGGUGGAGCGCCAGCAGCGCCCGCCCUACAACCGGCGCUUGGUGGACGGGGUCCUGCCCCUGGUGUACGGCAUCCUCCUGGGUUUCGUCGGCGCCUUGCUGGUGGGGGUGCUCGUGCUCCUCUUCGCCCUUCACUUAUCCCGGGCCGAUGGCGUCCUGCGGCUCUCCUGCAGGAGCCGGGCCAAGGCCCGGAGGCAGCGCCGCCCCAGCCCGGGGCGCUUCUCCUGCGACGUGACAUCAUCAGAGAGCGACGCGCCGUCCUCCUUUGCAGCCCCUCUCCGCCCCCGACGGCCUUCCAGGGGGAUCUGCGGCUUCUUCCCAGGGCGUGGCUUUGUCCAGCGCUUUUGGGGGCUGGUGAAACAGAAGCCAGGCCUAGCGUAGCAUCGGGAGCGUCGGGCAGUGCAGAAUGUGCACAGAGAGCAUUAGCGGAAGGUCACGUGAUGCUGCAAAAUUAACAAUGUUCUCUAAUAAAUGAAACACAUAAGCAUAAUUCUGUUUGCCUCGUGCCUGCUGGGAUUUUUAUCUCAAUUCUCAGCACCUGAUAGCUCAUGUGCAUCUUGUGCUUCCAGGGGCUUAGUCAUCAAAUUAGUUUUGUAGACUAAUUUCACCCAAUCUCGCCUGGCUGCAUGUGGCAUCAUCACGUUUGCCUUUUCAGUUCUCUCUUUUUUUUUUUUUUUCCUUUUUAACCGCAGUGCAUUCAAGUUCAUGGAUGCUGCACACGCUCCCUGUGCAUUUUGAGGCUGACAUUCACCCGGGAGGAAACGCACUCCCCGCCGGGCUUGAAGGACAUGCCUUGCGUUCCGCUGAUUGCUCCCCCUCCAGGAGACGGGCUCUCCCA